CCAAACAACUCGUGGUUUCAAGGUGAAAAGGAAACAAAGUUUGGCAGUGAGAAAAGCGAAGACACGAGACAGGGCAUAGGCGACAGAGCGAUCCACUUCAUCGUCUCUGCAACUUCUUCAACGAACCAUGAAACCGAAGGCUUCGGUGAAUCGACCCCCCACACCAGAUGUGGUCGAAAAUGCCCCUGAGAGGGAACCCACUCUUCAAGAGCUCAUCAACAUUAAGUUGAUCGAGACUGGAGAGAAGGAGCGCCUCAUGGAGCUGUUGAGGGAAAGGCUUGUUGAUUGUGGUUGGAAGGAUGAAAUGAAAUCUCUCUGCAGAGCCGUUGUGAAGAAGAAAGGGAGGAAUAAUGUUACUGUUGAUGAACUUGUACAUGUAAUUACUCCUAAGGGCCGAGCCUCCGUUCCUGAUUCCGUAAAGGCUGAGUUGUUGCAGAGGAUUCGCACAUUUCUUGUGUCUGCUGCUCUUUAAUAUAUCCGCAUGGCUUGGUCAGUGUUAACCUCACCAAUAUGUUGUAAAGAUAACGGGUGGAGCUAGUAAGAACUGAACACAUAUGUACUGGGUUCUGUUUGGGAGGGAUAUGAAUGUCUUGUAAAAUCAUGAUUAUUUCACUCCUUUAAAUAUAAAUUGGAGAAAUCAUUUUUUAUCUAAAAUUACUUAUAUGUGACAGCUUCAUUCCCUGCAUUUAUGUAAACUACAUCUUGUUACACAUAAAACAGGAGAUCGUUUAUUA